AGGUAAAAGCGGCAGGCGGCGGCGCUCACUUAAGGCGGCGAGCCGCACAGAGCAGCCUCUAGGUCGGCGACGUGCAGCGCUGCUCAUCAUGUCCCUGGGGAGCAGCCUCUCGCGUCUCCUCCGGACGCAAGUGCAUUCCGUCCUGAAGAAGGCUGUCCACUCCGUGGCUGUGAUCGGAGCCCCGUUCUCAGGGGGACAGAAGAGAAAAGGAGUGGAACAUGGUCCCGCUGCUGUAAGAGAAGCUGGCUUGAUGAAAAGGCUCUCCAAUUUGGGUUGUCACCUAAAAGACUUUGGCGAUUUGAGUUUUACUCCUGUCCCCAAAGAUGAUCUCUACAACAACCUGAUAGUGAAUCCUCGCUCAGUGGGCCUUGCCAACCAGGAACUGGCUGAGGUGGUUAGUAAAGCCGUGUCAGGUGGCUACAGCUGUGUCACAGUGGGAGGGGACCACAGCCUGGCAAUUGGUACCAUUAGUGGCCACGCCCGGCACUGCCCAGACCUUUGUGUGAUCUGGGUUGAUGCCCAUGCUGACAUCAAUACACCGCUCACCACUUCAUCUGGAAAUCUCCACGGGCAGCCAGUUUCAUUCCUCCUCAGAGAACUACAGGAGGAGGUACCACAACUCCCAGGAUUUUCCUGGAUCAAACCUUGUAUUUCUUCCCCAAGUAUUGUGUAUAUUGGUCUAAGAGAUGUGGACCCUGCUGAACAUUUUAUUUUAAAGAAUUAUGAUAUCCAGUAUUUUUCCAUGAGAGACAUAGAUCGACUUGGUAUCCAGAAGGUCAUGGAACAGACAUUUGAUCUGCUGAUUGGCAAAAGACAAAGGCCAAUCCAUCUGAGUUUUGAUAUCGAUGCAUUUGACCCUACACUGGCUCCAGCCACAGGAACCCCUGUUGUAGGGGGACUGACUUAUCGAGAAGGCAUAUAUAUUACUGAGGAAAUACACAAUACAGGGUUGCUGUCAGCACUGGAUCUUGUUGAAGUCAAUCCUUGGGUGGCUGCUUCAGAGGAAGAGGCCAAGGCUACAGCUGUCCUAGCAGUGGAUGUGAUUGCUUCAAGUUUUGGUCAGACAAGGGAGGGGGAGGGCACACUGUCUAUGACCAACUUCCUACUCACCAGAUGAAUCACAAAGUGAAGAACUUGUGAGAAUUUAGGAAAUACUGUGUGCUGACACGUGUGUCACAAUGAACAUUCCAGAGUUAAGAGGUAUUUGAGGGGACAGAUAUUAAAUGGUUGUCUGGGUCAAUACUGCCUUAAUGAGAACAUUUGUGCAUUCUCACAAUUGUAAAGUUUCCUUCCUCUCUCCACUUCGGUGACCAAUAAUACUAUUGUACAUGUAUUUGGUUUUCUGCAGUUCACAGGGUAUUAAUAUGUUAGUGUACCAUGUAAAUUUAAAGUCAUAAACAGCAUUUAUUACCUUGGUAGAGCA